AUGCGGUUUGAAAGGAAAGGGAAGUUGAGCCCUAGGUUUAUAGGCCCGUAUGAAAUCCUAGAGAGGGUUGGAAGUUUGGCCUACCGUUUGGCGUUGCCUAUGGAGUUAGAAAGUGUGCACAACGUGUUCCACGUAUCACAGCUCAAGAGAUAUGUUCACGACCCGGCUCAUGUUUUACCACCGGAAGUAAUACCGAUAGAUGAAGAUUUGUCUUAUGAGGAGAGGCCGCUCAGAAUUUUGGACUUCAAGACUCGGGAGACACGUAGGAAAUCCGUUAAGAUGGUGAAGGUUUGGUGGACGCAUCACGGGAUUGAGGAAGCCACUUGGGAACUGGAGUCCACUAUGCGGGAGCGGUACCCAGAGUUGUUUGUAAAAGGUACCUUAUUUUCUUCGUUUGUUGUUUGCUUUGCGUGCUUGUCUUUGCGUGAUGCUUGCGGCUUAGUUAGUUUGGUAUCAGAAAGUGGGUGUUUUGUGUUGGUUGUCUAG